UAUAAAUUAACAUGGCUUUGUUUCACUACUCUUCAUAAACACAUUGAGCUUCAAGGAGUCUCUUUCUUUGAGAAAUGGAAUAUUUGUUAUCCAUUGCAGUCUCCAUUGUUUUGGUUACAGUCGUAACUUUGGCAUGGAGAGUUUUAAACUGGGUUUGGUUGAGGCCAAAGAGGCUGGAGAGAUGCCUGAGACAGCAAGGUUUCACUGGCAGACCUUACAGGCUUCUGUAUGGAGACUUGAAAGAGAACUCAGUGAUGAUAAAAGAAGCAAAAUCCAGACCCAUGAGUCUCUCUGAUGACUUUACACCACGCCUUAUUCCCUUCCUCCAUAAAGUGGUAAAAGAUUAUGGUAAGAAUUCUUUUGUGUGGAUAGGGCCAACACCCAGGGUGAACAUCAUGAAUCCUGAUCAAAUUAAAGAGAUAUUUACAAGGAUAAGUGAUUUCCAGAAAGCCCGGUCAAAUCCUCUUGUUCGGUUGUUGGCAGGUGGACUUGCAAACUAUGAGGGUGAGAAAUGGGCUAAACAUAGAAGGAUUAUCAAUCCAGCAUUCCAUCAAGAGAAGCUGAAGCUUAUGUUACCUGCAUUUUAUGAAAGUUGUAAUGAGAUGAUUAACAUUUGGAAGAAUUUGGUGUCUGUGGAGGGCUUCUGUGAAGUGGAUGUGUGGCCGUAUCUGGUAAAUUUGACAGGCGAUGUGAUUUCAAGAACUGCUUUUGGAAGCAAUUAUGAACAAGGUAAAAAAAUAUUUCAACUCCAGACAGAACUUGCGGAUCUCAUAAUACAAGUUGCGCGCUCCGUUUACAUUCCAGGAUGGAGAUUUUUGCCUACUAAGAGGAACAGAAGAAUGAAGGAAAUUGACAUGGAAAUUCGAGCUUCACUCCUUGGUAUCAUAGAGAAGAGAGACAAGGCAAUGAAAGCAGGUGAAGCUGCAAAAGAUGAUUUAUUAGGCAUACUUAUGGAAUCCAAUUUCAGAGAGAUUGAAGAGCAUGGACACAACAAAACUACUGGAAUCUCCAUCAAUGAUGUGAUUGAAGAGUGCAAGCUAUUUUACUUUGCCGGGCAAGAGACCACCUCAGUCUUGCUAGUUUGGACUCUGGUUUUAUUGAGUAUUCAUCAAGACUGGCAAGCUCGAGCAAGACAAGAGGUCUUCCAAGUGUUUGGAGAUGACAGGCCUAACAAUGAUGGCUUGAAUCACCUAAAAAUUGUUUCAAUGAUAUUUUAUGAGGUUCUUAGGCUAUAUCCACCAGUAGUUGUUCUUGCUCGAGGUGUUUACAAAGAAACCAAACUGGGCAACCUGUGGCUGCCUGCUGGAUUGGAGAUGUCGUUGCCGAUUAUCCUGGUUCAUCAGGAUAAGGAAUUUUGGGGUGACGAUGCAAUGGAGUUCAAACCAGAGAGGUUUUCCGAAGGAAUUUCAAAGGCGAUGAAGCAUCAAGUUUCAUUUAUUCCAUUUGCAUGGGGUCCUAGAAUAUGCAUUGGACAGAACUUUGCUUUAAUGGAGGCAAAAAUGGCUUUAGCAUUACUUCUACAGAACUUCUCAUUCGAGUUAUCUCCGUCCUAUGUUCAUGCUCCUGUUGAAAUUAUCACUGUUAAACCUGAAUACGGUGCUCCCUUGAUUUUGAAGAAACUUUAGUAUGAAAAUGAUCAAUUGUAACAAGUAAUAGUUAGUUGGUAUAAAUAAAGUUGUUCUUGUGCAGA